AUGGUGAAAGAGACCAAGUUCUACGAAAUCUUGGGGGUCACAGUGGACUGCACAGAAGCCCAGCUGAAGACAGCCUACAAGAAAGGUGCGCUCAAGCACCAUCCUGACAAGAAUGCGCACAACCCGGAAGCAGCAGAAAAGUUCAAAGACCUCUCGAAAGCAUACGAAGUCCUCUCCGACCCUCAGAAGCGUCAGCUCUACGACCAGUAUGGCGAAGAAGGCUUAGAACAAGGUGGCAUGGGUGGUGGCGGCAUGGCUGCAGAAGAUCUGUUUGCUCAGUUCUUCGGCGGCGGCGGCUUUGGUGGCGGCCUCGGCGGCAUGUUCGGCGGCGGUAUGCGCGAACAAGGCCCCAAGAAAGCGCGAACAAUUCAUCACGUCCACAAAGUCUCGCUUGAAGACAUCUAUAAGGGAAAGGUAUCAAAGCUGGCUCUGCAGAAGUCGGUGAUCUGCCAAUCCUGUGAUGGUCGUGGAGGGAAAGAAGGUGCUGUUCGGACGUGUCCAGGCUGUCAAGGUGCCGGCAUGAAGACUAUGAUGCGACAAAUGGGUCCGAUGAUCCAGCGCUUCCAGACAGUGUGUCCCGACUGCCAGGGCGAGGGCGAGACUAUCCGGGACAAGGAUCGCUGCAAGAAGUGCAUGGGUAAGAAGACGGUGGUCGAGCGCAAAGUUCUUCACGUUCAUGUCGAUCGAGGCGUCAAGACGGGUCACAAGAUCGAUUUCCGAGGCGAGGGCGAUCAAAUGCCUGGCGUGCUACCCGGAGAUGUGCAGUUCGAGAUUGAGCAGAAGCCUCACGCACGAUUUCAGCGCAAAGACGACGAUCUAGUCUACAGAGCCGAGAUCGACCUUCUGACGGCGUUGGCGGGAGGUACAAUCUACAUUGAGCACUUGGACGACCGGUGGCUCAAUGUCAACAUUUAUCCCGGUGAGAUGAUCAAACCUGGAGACCUGAAGCAAAUCAAGGGUCAGGGCAUGCCCUCAUUCCGCCAUCACGACUUCGGCAAUCUAUACAUCCAUUUCGACGUCAAAUUCCCCGAGAAGACUGAGAUGCAGAAUCUACAACUGCUCGAACAGGUGCUCCCACCACGCACACGACAGACUCUUCCACCCACCGACAGCAUGAACGAUGAUUAUGAUCUCGAAGAUAUCGACGCCCGCGGCCACGCUCGGGCUCAAGGUGCCGCAGGGCUUGGAGAAGAGGACGAUGACGAUGUACCUCCAGGAGCCGAGAGAAUGCAGUGCGCGUCCCAGUAA